AAAAACCUUCGUGUAUCUUCAUAUCCUCAGCAUCAUAUUUGAAGCAAAUUGAUGAACUCCUAAUCUCACACGAAUCUAAGAGCAGAAGUUAUGGAGUGGGCAACGGUGCAGCAUCUGGAUCUGCGUCAUGUAGGUCGCGGUGUGAGCAAGCCACUUCAACCUCAUACGGCGGCGUUUCAUCCUUCUCAAGCCGUUAUCGCUGUUGCCGUUGGCUCUCACAUCAUGGAAUUUGAUGCAUUAACGGGAUGUAAGAUCGCCUCGAUUGACAUUGGAUCUCCAGCUGUUAGAAUGUUGUAUAGUCCUACUAGCAGCAAUGCUGUUGUUGCCAUUCUUGAGGAUUGUACAAUUAGGUCUUGUGAUUUUGAAACGGAGCAGACUUGUGUAUUGCACUCACCGGAGAAGAGGAGUGAGCACAUAUCCUCGGAUACUGAAGUUCAUCUUGCUGUGACGCCACUCCAACCUGUUGUGUUUUUUGGAUUCCCAAAACGAAUGAGUGUGACAGUUGUUGGAACUGUUGAAGGUGGAAGAGCUCCGACAAAAAUUAAGACAGACCUGAAGAAACCGAUUGUGAACAUUGCUUGCCACCCUCGACUUCCUGUCCUGUAUGUAGCAUAUGCAGAGGGGUUGAUAAGAGCUUAUAACAUUCAUACUUAUGCUGUUCAUUAUACACUACAACUUGAUAAUACUAUUAAACUUAUCGGCGCAAGUUCGUUUGCUUUUCACCCAACACUAGAAUGGAUUUUUGUUGGAGAUAGGAGGGGUACACUUUUAGCGUGGGAUGUUUCAACUGAAAGACCUAAUAUGAUUGGAAUAACGCAAGUGGGUUCGCAACCCAUCACUUCAAUUUCUUGGCUUUCUAUGUUGCGUGUACUUGUCACUGUGUCCAAGGAUGGAUCUCUUCAAGUGUGGAAGACACGGGUAAUAAUCAAUCCCAACAGGCCUUCGACACAAACAAACUUUUUUGAGCCUGCUGCUAUGGAAUCAAUAGACGUUCCUAGAAUUCUCUCUCAACAGGGUGGGGAAGCUGUUUACCCUUUACCGCGAAUCAAAACUUUAGAAGUUCACCCAAAGCUGAACUUAGCAGCUUUGAUUUUUGCAAACAUGGCGGGUAAUGAGAACACUCAAAAUCGAGCAGCUCAGACUAGGGAAGGAAGGAAGCAGCUCUUUGCAGUUCUGCAAAGUGCUAGGGGAUCUUCAGCUUCUGUUCUAAAGGAAAAGCUUUCAUCGAUGGGUUCUUCUGGAAUUUUAGCUGAGCAUCAACUCCAAGCUCUGCUACAGGAGCAUCAUCACAAGGGCCAAAGUCAGCUAACAAUUUCAGAUAUUGCACGGAAGGCGUUCCUGUAUAGUCAUUUUAUGGAGGGCCAUGCUAAAACUGCUCCAAUAUCAAGGUUACCCCUUAUUACCGUCGUAGAUACAAAGGAUCAACUUAAAGACAUUCCUGUUUGCCAGCCAUUUCAUUUGGAACUGAAUUUCUUCAAUAAGCCAAAUAGAGUUCUUCACUAUCCUGUGAGGGCCUUUUAUAUCGAGGGCCUUAACCUCAUGGCACACAGUCUCUGUUCUGGAACGGACAACAUCUACAAGAAGCUGUACACAUCGAUUCCCGGAAAUGUAGAAUAUCAUUCGAAACACAUUGUUUACAGUCGUAAAAGGCACCUCUUUCUGGUUGUCUUUGAGUUUAGUGGUGCUACGAAUGAAGUUGUGCUUUACUGGGAAAAUACAGGUUCUCAGCUGCCUAAUAGCAAAGGAAGCACUGCUAAAGGUUGUGAUGCUGCCUUUAUCGGCCCAAAUGAUGAUCAAUUUGCAAUUCUUGACGCGGAUAAGACAGGACUGUCUAUGUAUAUCCUCCCAAAAUUUACCACAAUGGAAGAGAAUGAGAAGAAUUUGUUAUCUGAAGAGAACCAAAACAAAGAGGCAGAUGCUUCUGGAAUUCAGGGUCCACAACAAUUCAUGUUUGAGACAGAAGUCGAUCGUGUUUUUUCCACACCGAUAGAGUCCACUCUGAUGUUUGCUUGUAAUGGAACCCAAAUUGGGCUGGCAAAGUUGUUUCAAGGCUACCGUCUCUCAGCUUCAGAUGGUCAUUAUAUUUCAACACAAGGUGAGGGACGAAAGUCAAUCAAGUUGAAGAAGCACGAAAUAGCUCUUCAGUCGUUUUAUUCCUUACCCUUUAAUGUGGUUUACAUCUGGCCAGCUCUCUUAAAAUCCCUUCUAUGGGUUGGACCUGCCUUACUCUUUUCUACAACAACUGCUGUAUGUUUGCUUGGCUGGGAUGGGAAAGUGAGGACCAUUCUUUCUAUAAGUACACCGUACGCAGCCUUAGUUGGUGCCUUGAAUGACCGCCUAUUGCUUGCUAAUCCCACUGAUAUAAGUCCGAAGCAGAAAAAGGGGAUCGAAAUCAAGAGCUGUCUUGUUGGGCUACUCGAACCACUCUUAAUCGGAUUUUCUACAAUGCAACAAACAUUUGAACAGAAAGUGGACCUUUCUGAAAUAUUGUAUCAAAUAACAACAAGGUUUGAUAGCUUGCGAAUUACUCCAAGAUCUCUUGAUAUUCUUGCAAGAAGCGCUCCAGUAUGUGGAGAUCUUGCUGUAUCAUUAGCUCAAGCGAGCCCUCAAUUCAACCAGGUAUUACGUUGUGCAUAUGCAAUAAAGGCUCUUCGAUUCUCCACGGCAUUGUCGGUUUUAAAGGACGAGUUCUUGCGUUCUAGAGACUAUCCAAAAUGUCCUCCAACUUCUCUUUUGUUCCAGAGGUUCCGGCAGCUUGGAUAUGCUUGUAUCAAAUAUGGUCAAUUUGAUAGCGCAAAGGAAACUUUUGAAGUAAUAGGCGACUAUGAGAGCAUGCUAGAUCUUUUUAUAUGCCACCUCAACCCUAGUGCUAUGCGUCGUCUUGCCCAGAAAUUGGAAGAAGAAAGCGGAGAUCCCGAGUUGAGACGAUAUUGUGAAAGGAUUCUACGAGUACGGUCUACAGGAUGGACCCAAGGAAUUUUUGCUAAUUUUGCCGCUGAGAGUAUGGUUCCAAAAGGACCAGAAUGGGGUGGUGGCAACUGGGAAAUCAAGACUCCAACCGACAUGAAGAGCAUACCGAAGUGGGAGCUUGCUGGGGAAGUAAUGCCAUACAUGAAGAAUGAAGAUGGAACAAUCCCCUCAAUAGUAGCUGAUCAUAUUGGUGUUUACUUGGGCUGUGUCAAAGGCAGAGUUAAUGUGGUGGAAAUUAAAGAAGACAGCUUAGUUUCUAAACCUGGAGGGCUUAGUCUGUUGGGUAAACCUGUAUCGGAUAAACCUUUGGCACUUCCUGCUGGUGAAUCCAGUUCGUUGAUGGGUCUGGAAUCCCUUGGAAAACAAAACGUAGCUGAUGAACAGGCAAAGGCUGCUGAGGAAUUCAAGAAAACAAUGUAUGGUGCUGCUGGUGAUGGCAGCAGCAGUGACGAGGAAGGUGUAACAAAACCUAAGAAGCUGCAGAUUAGAAUACGAGAAAAGCCAACAUCUACCACUGUGGACGUCAAUAAGCUUAAAGAAGCUGCUAAAACGUUUAAACUCGGAGAUGGGCUAGGCUUAACGAUGAGUAGAACAAAAUCAAUUAAUGCUGGAUCCCAGGAUUUGGGUCAGAUGUUAAGCCAGCCUUCUUCCUCAACAGCUGCAACUACAACUGCUCCCAGUUCUGCAUCUGCUCCUGUUGAUCCUUUUGCGAUGGGCUCAUGGACACAGCAACCUCAACCAGUUUCUCAACCAGCUCCACCUGGUGUAGCCGCGCCAAUACCGGAAGACUUUUUCCAAAACACAAUCCCAUCUGUUGAGGUUGCCAAGACAUUGCCUCCUCCUGGCACUUAUCUUUCGAAAAUGGACCAAGCUGCUAAAGCUGCAAUAGCUGCACAGGGUGUUCCAAAUCAAGCAAACAAUACUACUCUGCCUGAUAUUGGUCUUCCCGAUGGUGGCGUUCCUCAACAGUAUCCUCAACAGACAAGUCAACAACCUGGUGCUCCAUUUCAGACUGUUGGACUUCCUGACGGCGGUGUUCCUCAACAGUAUCCUGGUCAGACCCAGGGGCCAUCUCAGGUUCCCGUUUCUACACAGCCUCUUGAUCUUAGCGUUCUUGGAGUUCCAAAUACUGGUGAUUCUGGAAAGCCUCCUGGACAACCUCAAUCGCCUCCUGCAUCAGUUCGUCCUGGACAGGUUCCACGUGGAGCUGCAGCUCCGGUUUGUUUCAAGACUGGACUUGCCCAUCUUGAACAAAACCAGCUUCCAGAUGCACUGUCUUGCUUCGACGAAGCAUUCUUGGCUCUGGCUAAGGAUCAGUCACGUGGAGCAGAUAUCAAAGCUCAAGCCACAAUCUGUGCUCAGUACAAGAUAGCUGUAACUCUCCUUCGGGAAAUCUUGAGGCUACAAAGAGUCCAAGGUGCAAGUGCAUUAAGCGCAAAAGACGAAAUGGCACGACUUUCAAGGCAUCUAGCUUCACUGCCACUACUAGCAAAGCACCGCAUAAACUGCAUACGUACUGCAAUCAAAAGAAACAUGGAAGUUCAAAACUAUGGCUACUCAAAGCAGAUGCUUGAACUUCUUUUAUCAAAGGCACCACCGAGCAAGCAAGAGGAAUUAAGAGGACUACUCGAUCUCUGUGUCCAGAGAGGCACAUCGAACAAAUCCAUCGACCCGCUCGAAGAUCCUUCUCAGUUAUGCUCAGCUACGCUCAGCAGAUUAUCGACUAUUGGAUACGAUGUUUGUGAUCUCUGUGGCGCAAAGUUUGCUGCUCUUUCAUCGCCCGGUUGUAUCAUAUGCGGUAUGGGAAGCAUCAAACGGUCUGAUGCACUCGCUGGACCCGCACCUGUAUCCACACCGUUCGGCUAAACGUUAUAGACAUCAUUACGGUUGGUGUUAAUCAACAUUUAAGCAAAUUUCAAACUGGUUACGUGUAAGAACAUUCGAUCGAUUUUGUGCGGUUUGAUUUCGGUUUAUUUGUCUGUAUAUGAUUUGAUCAUUUGUAUCUGUUUAUUUUCCGUAUGUAGCUAAUACAAUUUGUUGAGAGAU